AUGUUGGCUGGAUCUAUCCUUCUGCUCCUGUCCUCUGUGGCUGGUCUGGGUGUUGCUCAGAGCAUUGACCCGAACAGUGUCCCCCUCUCGACCAGAGAUCAAUGGUGCCAGUCUCAAAAGACGUCCUGCCCUCUCAUCUGUCUGCAGCUUCCCGGGGUGACAGGUCAGCCUGAGGACAAUUCGUGUAACCCGAAAACCCUCAGCUUCAGCUGUGUUUGCAGCAAUGGCCAGCAGCCCAACUCCUCGGAAUACUCCCAGACUCUCCCCUACUUCAUCUGCACGGAGGCCAACAAUCAAUGCGUGAACAACUGCAAUGGGGAGUCCAGCUGCCAAGCUGCGUGCCGUGAUGACCACCCCUGCGGUGCCCAGAACCCCAAGCGCUACAACAUAACCACCACCUCUGCUACUUCCAACCCUACCGCUAGCGCCAGCAGCACCUCUGGUGGAAACGUCGUCUAUACUGGAUUUGGCUCUGCCUCGACUGCUGCUGCCAAGAAGGGUGAUGCCAGCACCUUUGCUCUGGAAAUUGGGCAGGUGUACGGCCUGUUUGGCCUGGUUGCAGGGUUCCUAGGCGGUUUCGCCUACCUGCUGUAA